AUGUGGGCGUUUCUCGGCGUCCUACUCCUGUUCUUACAUGAGGGGUUCGCACAGCGCCAUGACGCGGAUUUGUAUUCCUUCGUGACCCUCCCCGAGGUGCGAGCCUUGAAGUUCGAUAUCACUCACGUUGACCGUGCUCGACAACUUCCCGGCUACUGGUUUGUAGCACCUUACGGCCAGAUCGAUCCAGAAAAUCCCACCCAGAAGUACGAGCAAUACCAGAUCGGACCGUAUAUCUACGACAAUGACGGUAUGCUCAUUUGGGCGGGAUCGCCCGCCACCGAAAACCGCAACGCCUUUGAUUUCAAGGCGAACUGGAACAUGGACGGCGAACCACACCUUUCAUUCAUCCUUCAACACGAGUUCGACGACUCUGACCGCGGAAGUGGAGUCAUCAUGAACAACAAUUAUGAAUACGAAUACCAUGUCGGCGUAACCAACGACCUCAGUGCAUUCAAUAUGCACGAAUUUAAUAUCCUGGAUGGAGGAAAGACCGCUCUGGCGUGCACAUACCGAUCGCAGGUGGUCAGCCUGGAUGAUUUCGACCGACCCGACGAGGAAAGCUGGGUUAUUACCGGGGGAUUCGUGGAGCUGGACGUUGAGACUGCGGACGUCCUCUUCGAAUGGAACUCUCGCGACCAAAUUCCCAUAACCGAAUCGGUCAAAUUCCACCCUUGGGAUAACCCGCAAGGCGAGCCUGGAUGGGACUACGUGCAUAUAAACGCAGUUGACAAGAACGCAGAUGGCGAUUACAUUAUCUCGAUGCGUUUUACAAACACGAUUUAUAUGAUUUCCGGCCAAGAUGGCCACAUUAUGUGGAGAUUGGGCGGUACAGAUUCGAGCACGACAGAUUUUGACCAGGAUUUUACUUUCUCUAAGCAACACGAUGUCAAAUUUGUCGAGUCGAACAGCACACACCACUUAAUUUCGUUCAUAAAUAACGCCUCGGAUGAGUCGGAGAACGAUGAGGAUCUUUCUUCGGCUCUUUUCGUCGAAGUUGAUGUCAGCACGGAGCCGAUGACUGCCAGAGUUAUCAAGCGCCUUGAGCGGCCGGACAAAGGUCUCUCCCGACUCCGCGGCAACGUUCAGCCACUUCCAAACGGGAACACCUUUGUUGGUUGGAGUCAAUGGGGUUACCACGCCGAGUACGAUCCAGACGGUGAAGUGCUCAUGUACGCGCAAUUUGCAUCGGAACGAUUCUCAAGCUACCGGUCAUACAAGUUCGACUGGGUCGGCAGACCGACUGCACCUCCCGACAUGGUCACUUUUGUCUAUGGCGCGAAUGAUCUAGACAUGAUGACGAUUGUUCACAUCAGUUGGAACGGUGCGACCGACGUGGCUGGAUACAACUUCUACGCUCGGGCGUACGACCGCGGUGAAGAUAUCUUCAUCGGCUAUAUCAACAAAACUAGCUUCGAGACGAUGUUCAUAGGCGAUGGGUAUAUGGACUGGAUCUCCGCAGAAGCUGUUGACAUCAAUGGCAUUGUCAUGGGCACGACCCCCGUUCAACGCACCGAAGUGCCGGCCAACUGGAAAGCGGUUGGAUUUACAGGGUCAUCCUCAGGACCAAUUCCAGACGACCCCGCGAUAAUCAUGACCUCGAAAGAUGGCGACGAUGACUACGACGGAGCUUUCACCACGGAUGAUCGCAAAGCGAUAAUCUACAGCCAAACUAAAGAGGUCGCGGCAGCCGUCUACAAGGCCUACGGGGUCAUUCAAGUCAUGGGAGGAAUUGUGAUUCUUCUCUUGACAUUAUGCUGUAUUUUUGGCGUCGUGGUAGGUGUGCGGUGCUUUCUCCGGCGGAGGAAAAUGCGCUCUUAUCAGCAUAUCCCUUCAGAGGAAGGUCAACCCGUGGAGGAGAUCCAACUUCGUUCAAAUGUGGACGACUGA